GUUUGAGGUUAGUUUGUUUGUUUUGAAGUUCUAUUCAAGUUUGUUGUUAUUUUGAUUCUUUUCAAUGCCAAUUCAACCAUGAAAAUAACUCGUCGCAUCCUCACCACUAGGUUUUUAGUUCCAUUUUUCACUUUUUCUGUGGGAUGCUUCCUAACCAAUGUAUUCACAAACAUAUCGUGCCUCGGCGAUAGAAAGCCAAUCGAUGCCGAAAAAACCGAAUGUUUUCUACUCAUACUCAUCCUUUCUGCACCCGGCAAUGUUGACAGACGUAAUGCGAUUCGUGAAACUUGGCUCAAUCUUCGACCGCAUCAUAAUGGCAGUCAACGGAUUUAUAUUCCCACCUACGACGAGUCUGGCUGGCUCAUUCAAGAAAGCAUAGAAGAACAGGUCAAUUCGCUGGGAAUGUACAAACAGUGGUUACAUGCCAGACAGUUUAUCGAUCAAUCGAAACCGGUGAAGGUGAUUCACAAAUUUGCGAUAGGAACGGCGGGCCUUACCCGUACACGGCAAAACGAACUGUUCAGCGAAUCUAGCACUCACGAUGACCUUCUUCUGGUCAAUGGUUUCCAGGAUUCCUACAAAAAUUUGACUAAAAAACUCGUUCUUAGCCUCAAGUCUCUAUCGGACAGUCAUUCGUUCCAUUAUCUAUUAAAGUGCGACGACGAUACAUACGUCAAGCUGGACAAUAUGAUAAGCUAUUUGAAGGAUUAUCAUGACCGGAUAGCAUCGGUAGAUUUUGGUCCGAAUCCGAUGCCGGAACUGUAUUGGGGCUACUUCAACGGAAAGGCUAACAUCAAAACGCAAGGACACUGGAAAGAGACCCAUUUCAAUUUGUGCUCGAAGUACCUUCCAUAUGCCCUAGGCGGUGGCUACAUAAUCUCCGAGAAAUUAGUGCAGUACGUACAGACGAACGCAAACAUUUUGAGUUUGUACACGAGCGAGGACAUUUCGGUUGGCAUUUGGUUUGCGUCGAUGAGGAACGUUUUUCGUAAACAUGAUUGCAGAUUCGAUACGGCAUAUAUGGCGAGGAGUUGCAAGAAUUACCAUAUGGUGUUGCACAAGAGAAGCGCCGAGGAUAUGCGAAAAAUUUUCAAAGGGAAUGAAUGCGACGACGAGCUGAACGAAAUUGGUGUGAAGCGACCCUUGGAAUAUUUCUACAACUGGAAAGCGGCGCCGAUGCAAUGCUGUGAUACAAUAAUUAACUGAUUCAAUUAAAAUUCUACCAUUUGGAUGCGGUUUGAGUUUGGUUACUAUACAACGAGACGACUUACAAAAGUCAGUAAUGGAAGGGAAGACUGCUCAACAAUGAAGGCUCCUAUAACGAAUCAGAUAUAGAGCUUCUGGUGUGAUGAUUACGGUUCAUUGUCAACGAAAACUAAAUUUUGUGAAUAAAAACGCUCGACUACA